GCUCAGAUCGGCAGUAUCUCAUUGGAGGGCCCGUUGGACGCACCGUCGAAGCGUGGAUUCUGCUCGUGGCCCGCCCGGUGUCUUGCUGAAGAACAAUAAAAACAGAACGAAGCGAUUCCGAGAUGGGGCCACGAUUCGAAACUAGCAAGUUGUGGAAUAACCGGUUUAAUGGAUGAAAAAUUUGGUACCAUUUGUGACAUAAGCAUAAGAAAUAUGAUUACGUGAUUUCGGUGGUGUAGCAGCGGAAAAAAACACCACAGGUGUGUAUCGUUUUCGGUUCAAAUGGCGAACAGACAUAAAAACAUGCCGAAAUAUGAGCUCAGCUAGAUGAAGCACCAGUUUAGCUCUGGUGGCACUUUUUAUUGAGUGGAAAGUGUGCGCGAAAAAUGAGCAGCAGUGUGACCGUCGAGUAUCGAAAGCUUUCUCAACGGGACGAUCCGGAGUACAAUAGUGGAGAGGACAGUUCGGGAUUAUCAAGUGAUAUCGAAGAGUGGAGUAUCAGUGGAAACGACCGUGCCAGAGAACGGAUGGUGCUGAAGAAACCCGACCCUGAUGAGAAUAAGUUUUCGCGAUCCGCCAAAAUGACGAUUCAAAUGUAUGAGGAACUGGUGGAAUCCAAGAAGCGCAACACCAAGAAGUACCUGCUGAUAGGCGGAGGGGUAGCGAUCGUACUUGUCGUUGUCAUAACCUUGAUCGUCGUAUUCACCGGUGAUGAUUCAACCGAUAAUGGCGACAGCAGCCCGCUCGUGAUAGGUGACCCUAUCACAUUGGAGGAUUUCCUUACGGGCAAGUUGGCGGCACGGGACUUUAGCGGAGCUUGGUCUCUCAGUGGGAAAAUUAUCUCUCGAGACGAACUAGGACAGCUGUUGGCGUACGAUCCGGUUACGAAUGUGACCAGCGUGUUACUCGAUACAAGUAACGAUCAGUUGCUGGAAGGAUUCAAGUUCGAUUUGUCAGCGGAUGAGCGGUACUUGCUGGUGGCUCGAGGUUACAGUAAGAUCUUCCGGCACAGUUUCCUAGCUCUUUAUGACAUUGUGGAUCUGCAGGAUAAAAAAGUCAUACCGGUGAACGUAAAUAACGAAAGGAGAGCUCUCAAUCUAGUGGAAUGGAGUCCUGUUGGAAAUUCCUUCAUAUUCGUAUAUCAGAACAACAUUUACUACAAAGCAUCACCGGAUGCAAUCGAGGUACAAAUCACCGAUGAUGGAGCUCCCGGCAUUUAUAACGGUAUACCAGAUUGGGUUUACGAGGAGGAAGUCUUCUCGACAAACGUUGCUACGUGGUUCUCGCCGGAUGGCAAAAGAAUUGCAUUCAUAAAAUUCAGCGACGUUAACACCCGAGUGAUGAAGAUUCCUAUCUACGGUCCGGCUGGAAACCCAGAGUUCCAGUAUCCUCACGAAUUGUCUCUUCACUACCCCAAAUCAGGUACCCCGAAUCCGGAGGUUUUCCUCUAUCAAGUUGAUUUGACGAAUCCAACCGUUAAAACGGAAAUCGUUCCUCCGCCUUCGUUGGUUACUACGGAAAAAGAUCAUAUCAUAACCUCUGUCGGGUGGGCGACGAACGAUCGAGUGAUCUCAAUCUGGAAGAAUCGUGUCCAAAACCACGCCAUCAUUAAAUCAUGCGAUGCAAGUAAUACCUGCGUUGAAGUUCACGAGAUAAACGUGAGCGGUGGAUGGUUGGAGUUAUUCAGCGCACCGAUUUUCAAUAAGGAUGGCUCCCACUUUGUGCUGAUUUCAUCGGUGAAUGGCUAUCGGCAUGUGACGAUGAUACCGACGGCAGUGAAAGGUAGCGAAGCUAUUACCAGUGGGAAAUUUGUUGUUCAAGAUAUUCUGAAGUGGGAUGCCGAGAGUAAUUUGAUUUUUUACACUGCCAACACCGCGGAAGAUUCACAUGUGCUGCACAUUUACGCUGUCCUUGGCGAGAAAGGCGCUACGGCACAGUGUUUGAGCUGUCUGGCAGAAUCUAGCCCACUACAGUCUUAUUUCAACGCACAAAUGAGCAAGAAGGGUAACUAUCUAGUGCUGGAGGCGAAAGGACCCAAUGUACCUUGGAGUGAACUUUACCAUUGGAGCUACGACAAUAAAUUACUCAUUUUGAAAUCGGUAAAAUCGUUGGAAACUAACAAAGCCCUACGUGAACGUUUGGAGGGCAAAGCUAUCCCAACAGUGCAGUAUCACGAAUUCAAUCUGGGAAAUAAUUUCACCUCCAAGGUGAUGCUGCUUGUGCCUCCGGGAGCCGACCUUAGCGGUAAAGUGAAGUAUCCGAUGUUAAUCGAUGUUUAUGGAGGUCCAAACUCGAACUCCGUGACCGGUUCCUGGUCUAUAGGCUGGGGCCACCAUAUGAGCUCAAACCGAUCGGUGGUAUACGCGAAGAUCGAUGGACGUGGUUCGGGACUACGCGGAGAUAAUCUGCUGUUUCAAAUCUGGCACAAGUUGGGCACGGUGGAGGUUGACGAUCAAAUUACGACCGCAAAGAAACUGGCCGAAGAACUGAACUUUAUUGAUCCGACACGGGUAGCGAUCUGGGGAUGGAGCUACGGUGGGUAUGCUUCCGCCAUGGCCCUUGCAAAGGAUACCGAGAAUGUGUUCAAAUGUGCAACUUCGGUAGCUCCGGUAACGGAUUGGACAUUUUACGAUUCAAUCUACACGGAAAGAUACAUGGGACUACCGAAAGACAACGCCAUAGGGUAUCAAGAAUCUCGCUUGACUUCGUUGUACGCCAAAUUUCGCAAUCGAACGUAUAUGUUAGUUCAUGGAACGUACGACGACAAUGUCCACUUCCAACAGGCGAUGCAACUGUCGCGAAUGCUGGAGACCCAUGAUAUUAUGUUCAAACAAGUGAGUUACCCCGAUGAGGACCACAGUCUGGCUGGCGUUCGUCCCCAUCUCUACCACACCCUGGGACGGUUCUUCAGUGAGUGCUUUAACCUGCGCGAUUAGCACGGCCUCCUCGUGGAGGACAGCGAGCACGAAACGUACUUCCUACCGGCGAACGAUUCCUCCACCGUGAAAGACUUAUCUAGCAUUCUGUGUAGUUUUCAGUCGAACCAGCUUAGCGAUUGUGAGUGAAGGGAUUUUUUCCUUGUCUCCUGUAAAUAAUGUAUGUAAAUGAGAGUGUGUACAUAUGGCAUCUCCUGUUGUUAUCAUUCGAUUUUUGCGUGGAACCUUGGAGCCACGGACGUGUUUAAUAGAAAGCUGUAAAGUCACAAUCGAUGUUUUGGGUCGGUCUAAUUACCGAGGCUUUUGCCUGUAUUUUUAGCGGAACCAAAUGCCAAGUGUUACGAUGUGUAACUUACUAGUCAGUAUUCAGAAAUUUGCCAGCAGAAAACAUAUAUUUCCUAUGUUUGAAGACCGUGUUGUAAAGAAUGUUUAGAAUCCUGCGCAAUGUUUAAUCUAUACCUUUUCAUUAGACACAGAUAGGUCGAAUGUUACCGGAUGUUAGAUGUUGAAAAUAAAUCUUUUUAAGG